GCACACAGCUUAUCUCCUCUAGGUGAGACUAUCAAACACCACCACUCGACUUCCUUCUUCAGUACAAAAAUGGCUCCGAUUGAACGGACUGUAUUUAUUAUUUACACGGUACUAGCAUUUAAAGUUGCAGAAUCGUUUAACUAUCAAACACAGGUCUGUCUCCGUUCCGGAACUGACGUCAUUGUACAACUUUUUGAGUGGAAAUGGAAGGAUGUAGCCGAAGAGUGUGAAAAUUUUCUUGGUCCUAAUCACUUCUGUGCUGUCCAGGUUUCCCCUCCAAAUGAAAACCGAAUUAUUUCAAACAGUACCCAUAAUAGACCUUGGGUGGAGCGAUACGAGCCGGUUUCUUACAAGAUACAGACUAGAAGCGGCAAUGAAAGUGAAUUCCGCGACAUGAUCAGCAGAUGUAACAGAGUAAAAGUCAGCGUAUAUGCUGACAUAGUGAUUAACCACAUGACCGACGUAAAUCACCAUGGUUACGGAACUGGGGGGUCUAUUUAUCACGGAGAACAACGAACCUAUCCUGCAGUUUCCUAUAGUGGGUGGGAUUUCCACGACUCGCUGCACUGUCAUACAAAAAGUCUCAAUGUGGAAACCAAUACCAAUGUCGUCGAAGUCAGAAAUUGCCAACUGGAUGGGAAGGCGGACCUAAACCACGAAAAGAGUUUUGUACAAGACUCCAUAGUCACUUAUCUAAACGUAUUGAUCGACCUCGGAGUUUCCGGAUUCCGAAUUGCCAGUGCAAAGUAUAUGUGGCCUCAGCAACUUACGUCAAUUUUUGAUAGACUGAAAAAUGUAAAUGGGGGCUCAGCACGUCCUUUUCUGUAUCAUGAAUUCGAUGAAAAAGCAGGAGACGUCAUACAGAUGUCGGAGUACUUCCCAAUCGGACGAGCGGAGUAUGAUAACUAUGGAAAAGAAUUAACUAAAUUGAUUAGAAAUCGCAAUUUGGAGUCUUUCAAAACGAACUGGGGGACAGCACGUGGCUUCCCAUCACCAGGCAACAUAGUGACGUUCAUUGAUGACCAAAUAAGCCAGAGAGAUAGUCUACAUCCGGUUUUUACACACGCUGAUCGCAAAAUGUACGAGGUACUCAAUGCUCUGUUGCUCGCCUACCAUUACGGAAUUCCCAGGGUUUUCAGUGGAUACUCCUAUUCCCAUGUGUGGGAUGGUCCCCCUCACAACGGGUAUAUGAGCACAGCAGAUGUCAAUGUAAACUCCUACGGGGAUUGCCAGGGAGGAUGGACAUGUGAACAUCGAUGGAACGCAAUAUACAAAAUGGUGAAAUUUAGAGAGGCGACCCAAGGUGCUUCUCUUCAUUAUUGGUGGACGAACCAUGCUAAUCAAAUUUCCUUUUCCCUUGGGUCCAAAGGAUUCAUAGCGAUAAACUCGGAAUCCGGCAUUAAUCUGGACUCUUACUUACAAACAGGUCUUCCAAGCGGCACAUACUGUGAUGUCAUAUCCGGCAGUCAUAACGAUUGCUCAGGAAAACAUAUAUCUGUACGUAAUGACGGAUUAGCUCGAAUAACAAUUCCUUACAACGCUCACUCAGCCGUGAUAGCUAUCCAUGUAGGUUCCAGAUAUACCGGUAAAUGAGAACAAGAAGACUUAAAAUCAUGAAGGUCGUGAAAAAUAUGGAUAUACAUCUAUUAUGGAAAAGCCAUGUCCAGUUUUUGUGAAAUGUAAGCAUUAUUUUGUACAAUGAACAAACCAUUUCUGAA